GAGGAAGUGGCAGAAGCAAUGGCGCACCUGGAGCAGCAGGUGGAGAUGUAUGAGGAGCAACAACAUAUUCGUGCGCGUCAUUCCGCAGGGUUCAGUCAGUACCACCCUGUUAUGCCAUCAAGCUUUAACGCUGCUCACGACCCAUUUGGUGGGGUGUCAGGAACUGCUCAGUCUGCGAGUUCUGCACAGUCCGCUAGACCGUCUUCCGCGCCUGGUGGCGUCAGUGCGGACUUCACUCCUGUCACAAGCAACACGGACACAUCUGCAGCAAGCAACACAUUCAGCACCAACAGGCCUGUCAGUGCCAGUGUCUCAAGUAAAAGCGCAAUCACCUCACUUUCUUCGUCUGUAGGUGCACCCACAAGCUCCAGCUCUACUCCACCAGCCAGUGUGAGUGCAGGGAGCAGUCACCACUCCAGUUCUAGUACCAGUAGUAGCCAUAGCAUCAGUUCCCGCACAAGUAGCAGUGCGCCAGCAGCAGCAGCAGCAGCAGGACCCACAGUGCCACUGAGUCAGGCCAGCAACACCAGCGCACCUGUAGCUGUACAAGCAACCAAUAGCAAUGUACUGCCCAGGCAAUCAGCCCCUGUUCACUCCAGCAGGGUACACACAGCAGUCAUGAGUGGAAGAAGCCAGAGACCAGCCCAUACAUUACACCAGUCUGUGGCCGCCGUCCCAUUUGUACCUCGAGCCAGUUUCAGGCCUACACAGAGUGUGGCACAUGGCCAUGGCGACAGCUACAAUGGUCUACCAGUACCAGCUCCAUCGAGGCCAUCUAGUUUUGCUGCACCACCAGCUGGAGCCACAGACGUCUUCAGCAAAAUGAGAAGCAUUUCAAUACCCGUGUUCGAUGGUGAUAAGCGUGCCUAUGAGUUAUGGAAGGCCACGUUCCUGGCGUGCGUGGACAGUGCGCCAAUCAGCCCAACCCUGAAGCUGUUGCAGCUACGACAGUAUGUAGCGGGAGAAGCGCUAAGAUGCAUCGAGCGGCUAGGGUACGCCCCGGACUCAUAUCACAAGGCAAUGGAACGCCUGGAACGGAAAUUCGGAGGUACGCGGCGCCAAGUGAUGGUGUACUUAGAUGAACUGGAACGAUUCAAGCCAUUGCACGGAGAUCGAGUCAACGCACAAGAUCUGGAACAGUUCUCAGAUUUGUUGGAAGUAGCCGUGACCAACUUGAAAGCAGCGGGUCGCCAAUCGGAGCUAGAGGUGGGCACUCUGUACGCGCGAAUCCAGCAGAAGCUGCCAGAAGACCUGCUGACAAGAUACCAUAGGUGGCUCUAUGAGCAUCAGCGCCCAGAAGGGGUGGAGGCGUUGCUCGAGUGGGUCAAUCUCGAGGCCGACUUUCACAUUACUGCCAAUGAAGCCAUCGCAGGCCUAGCACCUAGUCGCCAUAGACAUGGCCGAGAGCGCCCAGCAGCCCGAGGCCACUCAUUCCAUGCAGCAGAGUCACCCAAUCCGACACCGGCAGCGUGUCCAGUAUGCUCCCAGGACCAUCAAGUGUGGACAUGCAAAGAGUUCAAGGAAAUGGAUGUGGACAAGCGUUGGAAAGUGGCGAAAACACAUCGGCUCUGCUAUCGCUGUCUGGGCAAGGGCCACCGAGGUGCUGACUGCCAGCGGAAGAGAAAGUGUGGCGUAGACAAGUGCAGCGAUACCCACGACUAUCUACUUCACAGGGCAGUAGCCAUUGACACGUCUAGAGCCAGCAAUGGCACGGAAAGGGGUCGCACCAGUGAGACAGCCAGAACUACAACCACUGCUAACAUCGGAGCAGGCGCCAGACCGUUGUCACUGAGAACCUUGCCGGUCGUUUUACGAAACGGUGACCGCAACCUCAGGGUGAAUGCGCUGUUGGAUGAUGGGAGCACCCAAAGUUAUGUGAACACAGAGGUAGCGGACCAGCUCAACUUGCAGGGACCCAUGAAACGGGUUUCGAUCAGCACCCUCACCGGAGCAGUGGAGUCUUUCGAGUCAAUGCCAGUGGAUCUGCUGGUAGAGAGUGUAGAUGGCAAGUUCAUCAGUCCGUUCUCAGCCAUCACAACUAGUCACGUCACAGGCACACUGAAACCGUACGAUUGGACCGUCGAGUCAAGUCAGUACCAUCAUCUGCUGGACAUACCCUUCGAACAGCCAGCAACUCGCCAGAUUGAUAUGCUGAUUGGCCUGGAUCAUGCCGAGCUUCACUACUCUCUGGAGGAGGUGAGGGGUGAUCAGGGAGAACCGGUGGCGAGGAGAACCGCGCUAGGUUGGACCUGCGUUGGACCUGUGAGUGAAAGCUCAGAUCAUCACCGCACUCACUUCAGCAGAGUCGAUGACGGUAAUCUGGAGAUGCUGGUCCGGCGUAUGUGGGAGGUGGAAGAGCCUCGCCGACAGAGCCCGCUUGCAGCAAAUGACCGACAAACUCUUGCAGAUGCAGAGGCAUCAACAAAGUACUGCAACGGCAGGUACACCGUCAAGCUGCCUUGGAAGAGAAGCCCGCCAGAGGAGAACGGUAGCUACGAGAUGGCACUGAAGAGACUGCGCUCGACGGAGAAACGCCUCCACAAGGAACCAGAAGUAGCAAAGGAGUACUGCCGUGUACUGCAGCAUCAUGUGAACGCUGGAUACGUGACUGCAGUAAAGCUCAAGUCAACAGGUGGUUGGUACCUCCCGCACUUUCCAGUCACCAGACCAGAUGCAACAACAACUAAAGUGAGGGUGGUCUUUGACGCAUCAGCCAAAUGCAAAGGAGCAAGCCUGAACGACUACCUCCACCCAGGACCGAAGCUGCAGAGAGAGCUACCGCACAUAUUGCUGCGAUUCAGGGCAAAGCCAGUUGCUAUCGUGGCCGAUGUAGCAGAGAUGUACCUCCAGAUCGAGCUGUCUGAAGAUGAUCAGAAAUUUCAUCGUUUUCUGUGGCGGGACUUGGAUGCGUCAAAGGAGCCAGUCGCCUACCAGUACCAACGGGUGGUGUUUGGCGUGAAUUCGUCCCCAUUCCUAGCACAAAUGGUGUCUCAGAAGCGUGCUGAGCAGCUAAAAGAAGAAGUCCCACGUGCUGCGGAGGCGGUGUUGAAGUCGACUUUUAUGGAUGACACUAUGGAUUGAAUUGCCCUAACAGUACAACAGUCGUCCAGUUUUGCAGCCAUUUAUGUUUCUGUACAGCUAGCUUAUAGCUCGUUACAUUUCGUUUUCUUUUCUGAUAGUUCAUUUUAGUUGUAUCAACGUUGAUACUUACCGGUAGUUGUAUCAAGGAGGGUGGAAUGAGUAGACGGUGAACCUCUUUCAGUAGUCUAUGUAUGGUGUUAUGGCAAAUCACUGCCGCUAGCCUUUGGGUGUCAUUACGUUCAUGGUAAUUCCAAUGCAUGCCCGAAUCAACGUGCCCUUCUUUGGUGUCAGUUAUGCUGUGUGCACGCGUAGAGGUGAUACAUUUAUUGUUCCUGUGUGGACCAGUCUAAUCAUAAUUAUUCCUGGCUGUUCUUUUGUGCUAUUCAUGCUAUUCAUGAUGCAUGUAGUAGUAGUAGUGCAUCGUGUUGUGUUGUUAUGCAUGUCUCAUGUGCCGUUUCCCGCGCGCGCGUGAAACGGACUUCGCGGCUUGUAGUUUCUGUGCAUAAUUAGUUGAGUCGGCGUCUUGUUGUUUGGACUGGAGACUACACCGAGUUGUGUUCUUUUCGUUGUUUCAGUCAGUUACAGCUUGCAGUUAUUCCUCUCGUGUAGUUCAGUUGCUUUACUAGUGUCUCAUCCUGAAGUAAAGAUUAUUCGUUAUUAUCUCUGUGA